AUGCUUUCCCGGUUAGAAGAAUUGACUCAAGGAUUUUUAUCGAUAGCCAUUCGACCCCUGUCGUUCAACUACAAAGAUGGCGUGGAUUAUGUCAACGACUUCAAGUGGUUCGCCGCCGGCCUCUCCCUAGCCUACCUCAUCUCCAUUUUUGCCAUCAAGACCGUGAUGGCAAAUCGGAAAGCAUUCGAACUGACCUCGCUGCUGCACUUUUGGAACGCUUGGCUGGCGGCUUUUAGCCUUUUGGGAUCGGUGGUCGUUGGCUUUCAGCUGGCUGCUGAUGUUUUUACGCAAGGGUUUGAUGCUACGGUAUGCGAGACGACACCGGUUUGGCACGAUCUAUCCGGCUAUAUGCAGUGGAUAUUUGCGCUCAGCAAAAUUGCCGAAUUCGGCGACACGUUUCUGAUUGUACUCCGGAAGAAGCCGCUUAUCUUUUUGCACUGGUAUCACCACGUAAUGACGAUGAACUAUGCGCUAUUUUCGUACCCGGCUGGACAGGGUUAUAACGCGUGGAUCGUUUGGUUGAAUUUGACUGUGCAUGCGGUUAUGUACAGCUACUAUCUCCUAAAAUCUGCCGGCUUCCGGGUGCCCGCCUGGGUGGCGCAGAUCAUCACUUCAUCGCAGAUUUUCCAAUUCCUCUCGACGCUCCUCAUUCAAGCGCGAGCUGUUCAACUUUACAGACGGGAUGAGUGCCCUCAACUGAACGAGUUCAUCUUCGGCUGCUAUCAGGAAUCGGUGGAUUACGCUCACGAUUUCAAGUGGUUCGCCGCUUUCCUCUCGAUCGCCUAUGUCGUCGCCAUUUUUUCCCUCCAGGCCUUUAUGGUGAAUAAGAAGGCGUUCCAGCUGAAGUCGUUGCUGCACUUUUGGAACGCGUGGCUGGCCAUUUUCAGCCUGAUUGGAGCGGCGAUAAUCGGAUGGCAGCUGGCCACUGAUUUCUUUACGCUAGGAUUUGAUGCCACCGUCUGCGAGACGACAUCCGUUUGGCACGGUCUUUCCGGUUACAUGCAGUUGUUAUUUGGGCUCAGCAAAAUUGCCGAAUUCGGCGACACAUUCCUGAUUGUGCUGCGGAAGAGGCCGCUCAUCUUUUUGCAUUGGUAUCACCACGUGAUGACGCUAAACUACGCAAUGUUCUCGUAUCCUUUCGGCCAGGGCUACAACGCGUGGAUCGUCUGGCUGAAUCUGACGGUGCACGCGGUGAUGUACAGCUACUACAUGUUGAAAUCGGCCGGUGUUCGGGUGCCCGCCUGGGUGGCGCAGAUCAUCACUUCAUCACAGAUCUUCCAAUUCCUCGCGACGCUGCUGAUUCAAGCAAGAGCUGUCCAGCUGUAUAGGCGGAAUGAAUGCGCGGAAUUCAACGAAUUCAUCUUCGGCUGGUGCCUAUUAAUGGAAUUGAGCUAUGUGGCGCUAUUCGGCCAUUUCUUCUACGAAAGCUAUUUGAGUGGCGGGAGGAAGAACAAAUAUCUCAAGGAAAAGGAGACGCCGACGCACAAAAAAGACGAA